AUGAAGAGAGAAUAUGGCACACUUCCGCCCAAGAAACUGCCUCAAAAAGAUCCUAUCUUUGGAACUGACGUAGUCCUUCAAAAUCUGGCUGCUGCGAAGAAGUUCGGCUUCCUUGCUCUCUUAAAGAAACGCCAUGCCGAGCAAGGCCAGACUUUCACCACGAACACAUACCUCCGGACUACCAUCAACACUUGCGACCCAAAGUUAAUCCAAACUGUGCUAUCUAAUCAGUUUGAAGACUUUGGAAUGGGUCCUCUGAGAAGAAAGAGUGCAUCCCCUCUUCUUGGCCGAGGCAUUUUCACCACCGACAACGAGAUCUGGGCCCAUCAGAGGGCACUCAUCAGACCAAGCUUCAUUCGAGCUCAGGUGACAGACUUUAGCAUUUUCGAAACACACGUCGAUCAGCUUAUACAGCUCAUCGCCCGAGAGAAUUACACCGUAGACCUGCAACAGUUAUUUUUCCGCAUGGUUCUCGACUCAAACAGCGAAUACCUUUUUGGAGAAUCGGUUGGUUUGAUGUCAGAUCACGCUUCCGACUCCGCCCAUACUUUCCACCAUGCUCUGGAUUACGCCCAACAAGGUACAAUUCUCCGACUUCGCCUCGGCAAUUUGAUGUUCGCGCAUAGAGAUGCCAAGUUCAGGGAUUCGUGUGGCAUUGUUCACGCAUAUGCCGACAAGUUUGUCAAGCAAGCCCUCGAGUUCCGCGAGCGCGAGAAGCUCUACCCUACGGAGAAGAAAGACGAGUACGCUCGCCAGAAAUACGUUUUUCUUAACGAGCUGGCCAAAGACACCGACAACCCCAUCAUGCUGCGUGACCAGAUUGUGAACAUGCUGCUCGCGGCCAGGGACACGACAGCAGGACUGCUGGCAUUCGCCUUCUUCUUGCUGGCAAGGAAUCCCAAAGUCUGGGACAGACUCAGGGCGGACGUGCUGGAGAAUUACACCGAGCCUUUGACCUACGACGCUGUUAUGCAGAUGACAUAUUUACGCUACGUGCUUCAAGAAAACUGCGUCAUUCCGGUUGGCGGUGGCCCCGAUGGACGCUCACCAAUGUUCGUUGCCAAAAAUAAUGUGGUCACCUACAGCACAUUCGUUAUGCACCGUCGCCCAGAACUCUUUGGGCCUGAUGCUGAGGAAUUCAGUCCGGAGCGCUGGGAGACCCUCCGACCAGGCUGGGAAUAUCUGCCCUUCAACGGUGGUCCUCGCGUUUGCCCUGGUCAGAAAUUCGCCCUCACCGAGUCGUCAUACACCAUUGCAAGGUUGUUGCAUGCCUUCUCCGGGAUUGAAAAUCUGGAUCCGACUGACUGGCGCGAGCAACUCACCUUAUCCCUGACGUUGAACAAUGGGGUAAAGGUGCGACUCCACCCGGAAGCUUAG